GCUGUAGUUACCGUGAAUACUUGUGUGGGUGCGGGAUAGAUAAGACGUUGUUCUGAACGUCAUAUAAACAUUGUACAGAGAUAUUACAUACAUCUUGUCAUUUUAGAUAAUGAUAAUAAGAAUAAUAAGACAGUACCUGACACAAACGUGAUCAUUCACUAAUCAAUUGGAUCAUAUUUACAAUAAUAAAAUAAAUAAAUUUGAAUUAUUAGCGGGAAUGUUCAAAGAUAUUAUGUGUGUAUUAUUAUAAAUAAAAUACCAGGCCAUUUCAUAAAAAAAUAUUCAUAUUAAAGAAUGUUUUCAUUUUAUAUAAGUUAUGUCACUCCUAAAUGUUGUUAGGUCAUGUGGGACCAUUAAAUGUUAUGUUUGUAACCUGUUGUGUUUUCGAUUUUCUUUGUAACGUUAUUGGGGUUUUAUUAAGGAUUAUGUGAAAUGUGUGAGCAGUGACCAGUGACGUAGUGACAGGAGGGGAGGGCAUGGCCACCCAACCGGGGGGCAAGUCUGCGACCGUAGUCUCACCCCCAGUUAAUGCUGUUUCGUUGAAGCCUGUGGAAGUUCCUCAGGCUUUACAGGACGGUGAAAAAUUUAUAAAAUGGGACGAGGACAGUGGUGUAGGCACCCCCGUGACGUUGCGCGUCGACAAACAUGGUUUCUACCUAUAUUGGGUAGAUCAGAAUCACGAAAUGGACUUGUUGGAUAUUGCAACUAUACGCGACACGCGUACCGGCCGUUAUGCCAAAAUACCAAAGGAUUCAAAAUUGCGUGGUAUGGUCACAUUAGGCUCACAGGACACAUUAGAAGAAAAAACCGUUACCGUAUGCUGUGCUUCGGAUUUUGUUAACAUCACUUUUAUUAACUUCUGCACGACAAGAAAAGACAUUGCCCAAUUAUGGACCGACGAAUUAAUGCAACUGGCGUACAAUUUAACACAACUAAAUGGACCGACAAAUAUGUUUUUAUUAAAAGCCUACACCAAACUGUCGUUAAUGAUGGACAAAACGGACAAAGUCCCAAUCAAAAAUAUUUUAAAAAUGUUCGCACAAAAUAAAGAUGAUCGUAAACGUGUUGAAAAAGCAUUGGAUAUAUCGGGUCUACCAUCAGGGAAAAAUGAUGCAAUUAGUAUACAAAAAUUUCAAUUUGAAGAUUUUUUUAAUUUUUACAAAAAUUUAACACAACGAACUGAAGUGGAAAAAGUUUUCGAUGAGCUUGUUGGAACAUCCAAACGUCGUUUAAUGUCUGCAACACAAUUGGUGGAUUUUCUAAAUAAAACACAACGGGAUCCACGCUUAAAUGAAAUAUUACAUCCAUAUGCAAAUACAACACGUGCCAAAGAUAUAAUUGCACAAUAUGAACCGAAUAAAUAUAAUGCACAACGAGGACAAUUUAGUUUUGAUGGAUUUUUACGUUUUUUAAUGUCCGAGGAUAAUAUUAUUGUUGCUAUUAAUAAAUUAGAGUUAUGCAACGAAAUGGAUCAACCAUUGCCACAUUAUUUUAUAAAUUCAUCGCACAAUACCUACCUCACUGGACAUCAAUUGACUGGCAAAUCUAGUGUUGAGAUAUAUAGACAAAGCUUAUUAGCCGGCUGCAGGUGUGUGGAGUUAGAUUUUUGGAAUGGAAAGACUGACGAACCUGUAAUUGUACAUGGGUAUACUUUUGUUCCUGAAAUAAAUGCUCGCGAAGUAUUAGAAGCAAUAGCUGAAAGUGCGUUUAAAACAUCUGAAUAUCCUGUAAUAUUAUCAUUUGAAAAUCAUUGUAAUCCACGACAGCAAGCGAAAAUUGCAAAUUAUUGUAGGGAUAUAUUUGGUGAAAUGUUAUUAGAUCAACCGUUAGAUUCACAUAAGUUAGAACCAGGUACUCCACUUCCGCCGCCAUGUUUGCUAAAACGGAAAAUAAUAAUCAAAAAUAAGAAAAAACAUCAUCAUCAUCAUAAAAAAACUGCAUCAGCUCUUGCAAGUGCUAUGCCGAUUGCUGUACAAGAAGUACCCAAUCAAGAACUUGCAGCUACGGGUAAUGGUGUGGCUCCACAUCAUGCUCCCCCAUUACAAACACGACAGGGUUCAAAAGACUCAACGGGAACAGAGGAAGAAGAAUCUUCAAGUGAAGAAGAUGGUGAAACGGGGGAAGGUGAUGCUAGUUUAACGGCUGAUGUACCAACAGUGGUAGCUCCAGAUCAUAAACAACAAGCUAAAGAAACUGAAGCUGGUGCUGAAAUUUCAGCGUUAGUUAAUUACGUUCAACCAGUUCAUUUUUCUAGUUUUGAAAAUUCAGAAAAGAAAAAUAGGCAUUACGAGAUGUCAUCCUUCGAUGAAAAACAAGCGACAACACUAUUAAAAGAACAACCGAUAGAAUUCGUAAAUUAUAAUAAAAAUCAAUUGAGUCGAAUUUAUCCAGCUGGGACGCGUUUUGAUUCAUCAAAUUUUAUGCCACAAAUAUUUUGGAAUGCUGGUUGCCAGUUAGUGACAUUAAAUUACCAAACAUUAGAUUUAGCUAUGCAACUAAAUCUUGGUAUAUUUGAAUACAAUUAUCGUUCUGGAUACGUUUUAAAACCAGAGUUUAUGCGUCGAAAAGAUCGUCGCUUAGAUCCAUUCGCUGAAUCAACGGUAGAUGGUAUUAUUGCUGGGACAGUAAGCAUCACUGUGAUAUCUGGUCAGUUUAUAACUGAUAAACGUGUUGGCACGUAUGUAGAAGUAGACAUGUAUGGAUUACCAGCGGAUACAGUUCGGAAAAAAUUUCGUACAAAAAUCGUUCCAAACAAUGGCAUAAAUCCUGUUUAUGGUGAAGAACCAUUUGUAUUUAAAAAAGUAGUUUUACCUGAAUUAGCAUGUAUACGAAUUACAGCUUAUGAAGAAUCGGGAAAAUUUAUUGGUCAUAGAAUAUUGCCUGUGGUUGGUUUGUGCCCCGGUUAUCGGCAUGUAAAUUUACGAACAGAAUUAGGACAACCUUUACCCCUUAGUACGUUAUUCUUACUUGUUGUUGUGAAAGAUUAUGUUCCUGAUGGACUAUCCGAUUUCGCUGAAGCAUUAGCGAAUCCAAUCAAAUAUCAAAGUGAGCAAGAGAAACGUGCUGAGCAAUUAGCAAUUUUGACUGAUGACAUGGAACCAACUGACGGUGAUACAACCGAAUCUGAUACUCAUCCAAAGAAAAGUGGGAGUAAUACAGCGAAUAAAACAAAUACAGAAGUUGUUGGUAAUGGUUCACCGGCUCCAAGGCAUUCAAUAUCCGCAAUUGCAACUAUGUCAAUCGAAACUGUACCAGAGAAUGAUCAGGACAAUGUAACUACGUCAAACGCACAAACUUCCGGUAGUACAUCAAUCGAACAAAACACUCUACCAAAGUCAACUGAAUCAGCACUAGCUGAAGAAAUUGUCGCCGAACCAUUAGAAAAAAUUUUAGAAAACAAAUUAGUGAAAGAGAAAAAAACGGAGCUAGAUAAAAAAUUGGAAGCGUUACGUAAAAAACAUGAAAAAGAAAAGAUGCGUUUACAAUCACAGAAAUCUGGUGAAUUUGGUGCUGAACGUAGAUCGAAAUUUUAUAUGAGUCAUAAAUUAGUGAAACGACUAUCAAGUAAGAACAUUCCACUAUUUUCAUAUGAUAAUAGUAGUGAUAAACCACCUCCACUCCCGCCGACAACACCAACACCUGGUAGUGCAGAUGCCACUGGAGGUGAAACUAGUGAAGGAGAAUCAGAAAUACGUCCUGGAUUACCCAGAAGUCAAUCUGAACGUUUAAUAGCUGCAUAUCGAGAGCAUGUCACACAAGAACGUGAAUUACGGGAAAGAUAUCAUGAAGCUAUUUAUAACACAGCAGAAAAAGUUUUACGAUCAUCGCAAAGUGGGCAGUUAAAGAUGUUAAGGGCACAAUUAGAACGUGAAACUGCAGCAGUCAUGAGAAAGUUGCAAACAAUUCGAAGGGAUGAAGUAAAAGCAUUAGCAAAAGUACAUCGAGAUCGAGAUGAGUUAGUACGUGUAAAACGUGAAGUUGCAAGUGCAGUGGUUGAAAAAGGUGUAACAGAACGAGUACGAUUAGCACAAGCCUUUGAACGUAAACGUGAUGAGUUACAACGUCAACAUGAUGCUGUUAAAAAUGCGUUGCAAGAACAUCGCCUAAAAGCAAAAACUGGAUUAACCAGAGAAUUUGAAACUCGAUACGCACGUGUGGAUCUAGAAUCAAAUCCAGCAACAUCCCCACAACAGCCUACGGUGUAAUGGAAAACAAAAAAAUUAAUUAUUUGAGAUUAAACUUUUUUAUUCGUUUGUGUGGCCUUUGACGUAUCACAAACGAUAAUUUUCAAGACUAAGCGGAAAAGACGAACAAGAACGGUCAAGAAUUGAAAAGAAUAUUUCAAGAAAACAAAUUUUGUAGAGUAAAUAUGUGCAGCUAAAUAUAUUUAAGGUGAUUGGAAAUGUUACCUAAUCUUUUUUGGACCAUGAUAGUAGAAAAAAAAAC